AUGCCACCGAAUCGGGUCAGGGUCGUCAAGGGCUCCUGUUGGUCCUGCAAAAAGCGACGCAUCAAAUGCAGUCUUUCCAAGCCAGCUUGCCGACAAUGUGUUUCCGUCGGCGCCAACUGCGACUACAAUAGCCGCCUAAUCAGAUGGAGCACGCGACCAACCCCACAUGUCCCUGUGGCCUACUGCAUUCCGCGGAACGACUUGCACUUGACCGUCUACCUCGAGGUUUGCGAGCGGCGUGCUCUCGACUAUUUUCAUCUCCGCGUCUGGCCCCUUCUAUCCACAGCAGAGGAACCGUGUGCCCCGCCAAGUUCGGUCGUUCUAGAGCACCGGGUCGUUCUACUUGCCGCUUGUUUGCUGUCCGACUCUCACAGGCUGUUGCAAGACGGUACGUAUGACCAUGAUACGCUCGGUAAGAAGCGGCUAGAGUGCUUGGCUGCUGUGCGAGCUGAGAUAGAUCGCUGCAGCGCCGAACCCAAGGGAAACGGACUCAUGAUUGGGCUUCUGUUCGCAGUCAUCCUCUUGUACUUUGACGAUGGAUACAUGGGGUGUAUCCUCAAAUCGGCCUCUACCUCUAGCCACUAUCACGGCAUUCUGGCCAUCCUCGGGCACCUAGGCGGCAUCGAGGCAGUAGUGCCGACGGCCCCCGAGCCGCUGCGUAUGCUGCUCUCAGAGUUCGCGACGACGGAUCUCACAACUUCCAUGGUUCAGGGUAAACCUCCGGCGUUUCCUCCCGACGUGUGGGACCUACUCGAUCAGGGCCCUGUUUGGUGGGGUCGUGACCCGUUGAGUAGAUGUUCCCUUGCGGCCGUCUUUCGCGAAAUUGCCGAAAUGGGCCUGUUCUUGCAAGCAACGACGAGCAAGGCCGAGGAGUUGUCAAUCGAUCGUAUCCGCGCAUUCGAAGCCGCCCUCCGCCCCGUCUAUGCACCACUAACUAUCGCAGAUUCCGACGGCCGGAGCCCUUCCGAGGCAUCCGACUGCUCUUUCAGCGAAGCCGAGGCUGUGCAUGCCUUCACUCUCGUCCGCAUAUUCCAACACACUGCCCUACUGUAUCUGUACAGAGCCAUUUGUGGCCUCCCAACUCGUCACCCGCUUGUCCAGCAGCAUGUCAAAUCCUGCCUCGCUUGCAUCUUUGAGAUCCCUCGCGAGGCAAACAACCUCAACUGCGUCGUUUUUCCGCUCUUCAUCGCCGGGGCCCACGUCUCAUCCUUGGAAGAGCAAAAGGCCGUGCUAGGCAUGGCUGACGUGAUUUACAAUGACAUGCGGUUCGCUUCCAUCGAGGCUGUCAAGUCUUUCUUCAAGGCUGUUUGGCCGUCCGACUCUGGACACAAGGCUUGGCUUGAGAUCUUUAGCCACCUCAGUCCACAUGUCUUGGUGCUAUGA